CAGCAGAUGAAAUGAGUCAGUCUUGUGCUCUGGUUCUAGUAAGUGUUUAGAGUAUCGUUUUGAAACAGGGCGUGUCUGAUGUGAGGAUAUAAGCGUGCGCACCGCGCGCAUCAAUGAAGCCUGACAGCAGCGCGCGAUGUUUCUCUUCACUGUAGUGCUUUUAACGGUUCUGUCUGGAGCCGGACUGGCGGCGGAUGGACACACUUACCGGCGCACGGAUCCGGUCACCGGACAGCAGCUGCUGUGUGACAGGUGUCCGCCGGGGACUCGCCUGGGCGCGCACUGCACAAGCUCCUGCGAGACGAACUGCGUCCCGUGCGGCCCGGGUCUGUACACCGAGUUCUGGAACUACAUCCCGGACUGUCUGCGGUGCGACGCGUGCUCCGAUCACCAGCGGGUCGUUCGGCCGUGUAACGGAACCGUGAACACAGUCUGCGAGUGUGAGGCCGGCUUCUUCUGGGAUCAGCACUUCUGCAGGACACACAGCCAGUGCAAACCGGGUCACGGAGUCAAAGCUGCAGGGACCCCACACAGAGACACAAUGUGUGAGCUCUGUGCAGACGGACACUUCGCAGAUGUCAGAAAGAUGCAUGCAGCAUGUGUUUCUCACAGUGCCUGCAAGACUGAUGAACAGCUGGUGAUGCCCGGAUCCAGGUGGCAUGAUAAUGUGUGUGCAACCUGUGAUCACCUCACACUUAAAGGAUUGGUGGAUGUAUUUGAGCCGGUUCUGUCUGGUCUGCAUAUUCAGUAUGGGGCUCCCAUUGAGCGUCUGCAGAAGUUAGUGCAUCGCCGUCUGCGCAGGAAGAGGUUUGGCAAGCGAGCUGCACUGCGGCGGGAUGAGGGUCCAGUACACGAGACGUCAGAGGAGGUACACCUGAACCUGCCAUCUAUCGUGGAGGAAUCGAACCUGAAUCACCUCGCAGACAGAAUCGCACGCAUAAUCCUGCGAUUCCAGCAUCGAUGCAAUGGCAGUGCACCACUAACAUUAUGACAGAUGAAGCCUGUUCACACUGCACUGAAACACACAAUGGGAUUUGUGUUUGAUACUGUCUCAUCUGCUUUUUAGAAUGUAGAAGUGCAUCAGAUUUUGCCCUGACCGUUAACUUCUUUGAGAGCUGGAUUAGUUUAAGGUGCUCAGAUUGUUCUCAUGCACUCUACAGUCUAUCCUGCUAAUAAAUUUCAUAUGCUGUAUUGCACUAGACUCCACUAAUUUGUAAAUAUUACAGAUAAUUUUUUUGUAUUGGUUUUGCAUUUUAAAAUGUUUCUUUAUUUAUUGACUAAACUGUAUCAGACUAUAAAACAGCUCAUUAAACAAUGAAAAGAGCUUCUGGCGAUUGUGGAAUAUAUUGUCUCUAGGGUUUUUCUGUGAUUGAAAUGCGUCUGCUGUCAUAUUUUAUGAAAGAUAAGAGUAAUAUAUCUUGUAAUAUUAUACAUGACAUUUUAAAAAUGCAUCUGUUAAACUGACUUCUGGUUUAAAUUGAUUGGUUAUAGUGAAUUUUUACAGAAAAAAAACAGACAGUCAGACUAGGAUUUUAACAUAUUUUAAUGAUUAUUUUAUGCCUCACUGUACACAAGAACUGUAUUCAAAUUCACCUAAACACAAUAUCAAUUUGCAUUAUUUCCUGAAACAGAAUAUGCCUUGUCAUAUUUCACUUCAAUGAUAUCAUGUUUAUUUUUGAUAUGUUAUUAUAUAUUAUAAAAAUCAUUAUAAAUCA